GAUGGAAGAUGAGAAGACGGAGGAUGAGGGGUCGGAGGAAUCUGAGGGGUCCGGUAUGGAUAGCGAUGACCCUCUCACUGUCACCGACACCAAGUAUACCAAGAGCUUCAGGCACUUCACACGGGAAGCACUGCCGAGGCUGGAUAACUACAGGAACGUGCUGUCUCUACACGCGGCGCCUCGUCCCACGCUCGACGAGCUGCACAACGCCUCGCUCUCAAGGAAGCCAGGCCAGACCCUGGAGAAGGAUAUGGAUAGUCCGGCGCUGCCCACCCCCAAUAUCAAGUUCGGUUGGAUCAAAGGCGUGCUGAUGCGUUGUCUUCUCAACAUAUGGGGCGUUAUGCUCUUCCUCCGACUCUCCUGGGUCGUCGGUCAGGCGGGAAUCAUACAAGCGAUGCUCCUGAUUCUGACGACAUCUGUGGUGACGACUAUAACUGCGCUCUCAAUGUCCGCUAUCAGCACCAAUGGAGUUAUUAAAGGAGGUAAGAAUUUAACAAUACAAUGUAACUAUUUGGGGCCGGAGUUCGGAGGCUCUAUAGGUCUGAUCUUCGCGAUGGCGAAUGCUGUGGCAUGCGCCAUGUAUGUAGUGGGCUUUGGAGAGUCCCUCAUCACAUUAAUACCGGAGUCCGCGUAUAUUGUCAGCAAGAGUUGGGAUCAAGCUAUUUACGGCUGCAUCACGAUAGUGUUACUAACGGGCAUAGUAAUGGUGGGGAUGGAAUGGGAGGCAAAGGCCCAAAUAGUCCUGCUAGUGAUAUUGCUAGCGGCUAUCGCAGACUUCUGUAUAGGAUCUGUGAUCGGACCUAAAAGUGAAUAUGAAGUCGCACAAGGAUUUGUUGGAUAUAAUAUGUCGGUGCUGCAAACCAACUUGGCGUCGGACUAUCGCUACUUCGAGGGUGUGGAGCACAACUUCUUCUCCGUGUUCUCCAUCUUCUUCCCCGCAGCCACUGGGAUACUGGCCGGCGCUAAUAUCUCAGGAGACCUUAAGGACCCUCAGAAGUCGAUCCCCAAAGGCACUCUGCUGGCCAUCCUGCUGACGACGCUGUCGUACCUGGUGAUAGCGCUGAUCGCGGGCUGGUCGGUGCUGCGCGACGCCUCCGGUGACGUCACCGCACUCACCGACUGCGCCCACAACAGGACCUGUCCCUACGGACUGCAUAAUAGUAACGAUGUGAUAAGACUGGUAUCAGCAUGGGGUCCGCUGAUCUACGGCGGGUGCUUCGCGGCCACGCUCUCCUCCGCUCUCGCCUCGCUCGUCUCCGCUCCCAAAGUGUUUCAGGCGCUGUGUCAAGACAAACUUUACCCAUACUUGGAGUUUUUCGCGAAAGGCUACGGCGCUAACAACGAGCCCGUCCGUGGAUAUGUGCUUACAUUUAUUAUCGCUGUUGCCUUCAUAUUGAUGGGUGGUUUGAACCAGAUAGCUCCGCUGAUCUCCAACUUCUUCCUGGCGGCGUACGCCCUCAUCAACUUCUCCACAUUCCACGCGAGCCUCGCCAAGCCAGUGGGCUGGAGACCUACCUUUAGAUUGUACAACAAAUGGCUGUCUCUGUGCGGCGCGGCGCUGUGCGUGGUGAUAAUGUUCGUGGUGUCGUGGGCCACCGCGCUGCUCACAUUCGCCUUCCUGCUCACCCUCUAUCUGCUCGUGUCGCACAGGAAGCCAGACGUGAACUGGGGCUCCACGACGCAGGCGCAGACGUACAAGACCGCGUUGUCCGGAGUCCACCAACUUAAUAGGGUCACUGAACAUGUCAAGAACUAUAGGCCUCAGAUAUUAGUACUGACGGGCUUCCCCGGCGAACGGCCCGUGUUGUGCGACUUCGCGUACCUACUUACAAAAGGCUUGUCUCUCAUGUUAUGCGGUCAUAUCAGUCAGGGUCAGAUAAGUCACCGUACACGGGAAGCGCUCACCAAUAGAGCCUACCACUGGUUCUUGAAGCGCAAGGUGAAGGCAUUCUAUAGCGUCGUUGAUGACGUCAGCUUCAAAGAUGGCGCCAGCGCUCUCAUACAGGCAAGUGGAGUGGGCAAACUGAAGCCUAAUAUUCUAAUGAUGGGCUUCAAAGAGGACUGGCAGAGUUGCGAACGCGCUGAGAUCGUGGACUACGUUGAAGUUAUGCACAAAGCUCUGGAUGUGCAUAUGGCGUUGGCGAUACUUCGUGUAGACGGCGGGCUGUAUAGCGGAGACGCGCUCGAAGCAGACCUGCGAGUGUGUCUCAACGACCUCAGUCUUAACGACACGCAGCCGUUCUCACGCUCGAUGGGGGACAGCUACAAGGACUCCAAGUCUACGGAGAGCCUCAAUACGCACUCGCAAGGCAGUAGUAUGUCGGAUGUAUCGCUAGGGGUGUCCCGCGACCCCUCCGCGAAUAGAGAAACACCCCAAGAACGGAAUGAAAACAAAAGUAGGCGGAGUUGGAAGAAAGCGUUGCGAACACGACGUGCUUCCUCCUUCACGUCCGUGGAGCAGUUCACGCGGCGGCAGGCCGGCACUGUUGAUGUCUGGUGGCUCUACGACGAUGGCGGUCUGACGCUGCUGCUGCCGUACAUCCUAUCUACGCGGCGCGCCUGGUCCUCCUGCCCGCUGCGGGUCUUCACCCUCGCCAACAAGACCACAGAAAUGGAGAUCGAGGAGAGGAAUAUGGCGUCAUUAUUGUCAAAGUUCCGUAUCGACUACUCCGCGCUCAAGAUGGUGUCGGACGUGAACAAGAAGCCGCGUGACGUCACUCUCGCCUACUUCGACAAGCUGGUCGCACCUUACAUGACUACCGACGAUAAUGCCGAUAAUAGUUAGUGUUACUUAUUUAUUUAAAUUUUUAUAAACAUGUCUGUUAUUUUUUUAUUUAUAGAAUUUCAUGUGUUGAACACUUGCACUUAAAAUUCUUGUAAAUCAUUAGAUAGAUUUCGUUACCUUAUCUGAAAGUGACGUCUCUUUAAGCUAUCAGAGCCUCUAUCAGCCAGCGGAGGGACAGGGCCUUACUCUAUUCAUUCAACAACACAUAAACAGCACAACUGUUUAGUCGCGCUUUGGGCUUAGCGCACACACGAUUUUUAGUUGUGUAAGUAAGGCUUAUAAUCAAUCAACAAUCAAACAAAAUGUGCGCAUCUUCAAUAGCCUUACAAUCAUCACCAGCUCACUACAAGUCCCCACCGAGGUGUUCGGAGCCUACCUUAAGUA